GUGUUGCGGUAACAUUACAUGUAUUACGAUAACGGUUGCAUAGCCAUUAUGCGGCUCAUUAGGAGUUGGAGCGGAAGAUCCUGCAGAACCGCUACAGGAAGGUGAUACUGCGAAUGGAAUAUGGAGUGUAUGCCAGUACCUAUUGAUGAUCUUGAGGCCAAAAAGGACCCAGUCAUAGAUGGCCCAGUCAUAGAUGACCCAGAGCACAAUGUAUACACCAGGUUUAUGAAGUCCCACCGGUGUUAUGACCUUGUACCUACCAGCUCCAAAUUGGUUGUUUUUGAUACAUCACUUCAGGUCAAGAAGGCCUUUUUUGCUCUAGUUUCUAAUGGGGUAAGAGCAGCGCCUCUGUGGGACAGCAAGAGGCAGUGCUUUGUUGGUAUGCUAACCAUCACAGACUUUAUUAACAUCCUUCAUCGCUACUACAAAUCUCCCCUGGUUCAGAUAUAUGAGUUGGAAGAACACAAAAUUGAAACAUGGAGAGAGCUGUACCUUCAGGACUCUUUCAAACCCUUGGUUUGCAUAUCUCCCAAUGCAAGUUUGUAUGAUGCCGUAUCAUCUCUGCUGAAGAACAAGAUCCACAGAUUGCCUGUAAUUGACCCUCUGACUGGAAACACGCUCUAUAUUCUCACACACAAGAGGAUCCUCAAGUUCCUGAAGCUUUUUAUCUCAGAGAUGCCAAAACCCUCGUUCUUGAGACAAACCUUAGAGGAACUGAACAUCGGGACAUUCCAGAACAUAGCAGUGGUCCGCACAGACACACCACUGUACACGGCGCUUGGUAUUUUUGUUGAGCAGCGAGUGUCAGCGCUCCCUGUUGUGGACGACAAAGGUCGAGUUGUGGACAUAUACUCAAAAUUUGAUGUUAUUAACCUUGCAGCAGAGAAGACGUACAACAACCUGGAUGUGACAGUAACGAAAGCCUUGCAGCACCGCUCUCAGUACUUUGAAGGUGUGCUGACCUGCAACAGGCACGAGACCCUGGAGGCCAUCAUAAAUAGACUGGUGGAGGCCGAGGUGCACAGGCUUGUGGUGGUGGACGAGCAGGAUGUCGUGAAGGGAAUCGUCUCCCUCUCAGAUAUACUCCAGGCACUAGUGCUUACUGAUGGAGAAGAGGCUUGAAGAAGCACCUCAAAGCAGGAAAGGCUACACAGUUUUAAGAGGAUGUCAGAGCAAAAGGAGAAAGAGAACAUUAUGACUUAUAUUGAAGUAUCAUAUAUCCCUGGAACCAGCUUUCCUGUAUUCACACACAAAGACGUCUCCCUCUCUGCAUAAAUAUCAAGUUUUAGCAACCCAGCCGUAUAAAGUUAUAUUAGGACAGGACAUACAGAAGCUCCCGUAAAUCGAGCCAAAUUCCAAGCCACAAGCGAGAUGUUAAAGCACAAGAAAACUCUGAAGAGGAACCGUAGCCUCUCAGGAUGACCAGACGUCAUUCCCACCUCUGUGGUGCUAAUCUACGUAGUAGAGGACCAUUAAUUAUGACUUUGAUUACAAAUGUAUUCCCGAUUAUAUAAAUUAAGUAAUCCGUUACCAGCUAAAGGAAAACUGAUUUAGCUGUAUUGCAUUUUGUUGCCAGUAUUUAAUUUCUAUAAUAAGGCUGAAAUCUAGAUGCACAUAAAACCAAUGAAAUACUGUUUGACUUUGUCAGAUCAACAUUCGGGUGUGUGUUGUUCUGGCACGUAAUGAAUGACAUUUGACUGAGCCCUGUUCUUUGUACUUGUAAGUAGUAUAAUGUUAUCAGAUCACCAUUCAGCUAGUUUGAUUAUUGAAAUGCAGGUGGAGGGUUAAUUUGCAGUAUUUAUCUGUAUGUAUGUGCCAUUCAUACAGCACAUACAGUAUAUACAUACAAAAACUACAAGCUACCUUUGUGUGGGGAAAAAAAAAAGAUGUAGCAUAGUUUAUCACUCAAACACUAGACCUGGGCAGAUAUGUUUGAAAAAUGAUUUCCCAGGUGUAAAAUUAACAAAGAGUUCAGCUUCAGGAACUGUUAAAAAAAUUGAUCUAGGUACAUUUUAAACUAGUUUCAAUUGACAGAAAUUUGACAGUAACAGUUGAGUUAUGUAAAUUUGUCAACAAUGAAAUGAAGAUGCGAGAGCUACCAGUGUGUGAAGAAUCCAAGGGCUCAAGUUUUAAUCUGUUGUGUAGCCAGACCGCAAAGUAGCAAACCCGGAAGAGCACUUUAGACUUCCAUGACAACCUCAUUGUUGAAGUCUACAACAGCACGGAGGAAUCUGCUGUUUAGAGACGACCAUUCAUUGUGCUGUAUUCUGUUUAAAUGCACAAGCUCUGGAUAUUUAUGGAUUUUUUGUUUUGCUAUUUUGUCUGCGUUCUCCUGUAUAACAAAAUGUUUAAUAGAUUGUACAUUAAACUUAGAGAAACUUUUCUCUGCCUGUUUUUUACCCACAUUUUGGGUUUUUGGCAUUGUUAGCGUCAAAAGGGAUUUGGUUUUUGCUUCAAUGCUGCAAAAUCAAAAACAAAUUCACAGUUCACGUAAAAAGUAAUGGUCAAGUUAACAAUUAAUGAUUUAAAUCGUUUUGGUGUGUUAUGUUGAUGUCAGUUAUAGUCAGUGAAGACAUGUCAAAAGUCUGGCAGGUUUAUCAACUGUUUUCCAUUCAUUGUGUUUAGGGAACUUUAUCAAAAUCACUAAAAGCCAGCAUUUACAUGUCAUAUUUCCUGUUUUGGUAUUUAUGAAAUUGAAUGUGUACAACUGUAUGUAAAUGCACAGUUUUUGUACUAAUCUGCAUUAAUAUAAUUUAAACGAUGAGCAAUAAAGGUUCUUUGAGUUUGU